CAUAAAUAUGAGAGUGUGUGCAGCACUAGCCCUCUCAUUCUGUAGUGCCUCUCACUCCUCACUGGCUAACCCUCUUCUUCUUCUUCUUCUUGUAUCUAGCCUGCCUCAGCCUCAGCCUGCUGCAGCUAGUACAAAUCCUACCAUCUCUCAAGCUAGAUCUCUUGUGUUGAAGGAAUUGAAGGAGGGAGAUCUUAAGGAGAAGAUAUAUAGAUGGUGAAGAUGGAUGGGAGCAUGGAUGCAGAGAUGAUCGCGGGGUAUUUCAGGGGCAAGAGCGUCCUCGUCACCGGCGCCACUGGCUUCCUCGGAAAGAUUCUUGUGGAGAAGAUCCUGCGAGUGCAGCCGGAGGUGAAGAAGAUCUACCUGCUGGUGCGAGCCGUCGACGCCCAGUCUGCACACCAGCGAGUCCAAGAUGAGGUGACGGACACUGAGAUUUUCUGCCUGCUGAAAGAGAGGCAUGGGAAGGGUGGAUUCGAGCUAUUCGUGGAGGAGAAGAUCGUGGCUUUAGCCGGUGACGUCAUCCACGAGAACCUUGGGCUUGAUGCUCCAAGAUUAGAGGAGCUGGCCAAGGAGGUCGACAUCAUCGUCAAUGGAGCUGCAACUACCAACUUCUACGAAAGAUAUGAUGUCUCCUUGGAUGUUAAUGUCAUGGGAGUGAAGCAUCUGUGCGAAUUCGCCCACAAAUGUACCAAUCUCAAAAUGUUCCUCCAUGUCUCCACAGCGUUUGCGGCGGGGGACAGGGAAGGGCUGAUCAUGGAGCGGCCGUUCAAGAGAGGGGAGACCCUGCGGGAAGGCACGCGGCUGGACAUCGACGCCGAGCUGCGGCUGGUCGCCGACGUCAAGGCGGACCUCGCGGCUGCCGGCGCCGGAGACGGAGACGACGAGAAGGCGGAGCGGAAGGCGAUGAAGGAGCUGGGGCUCCGUCGGUCGCGGCACUUCGGUUGGUCCAACACGUACGUAUUCACCAAGGCCAUGGGCGAGAUGCUCCUCUCCCAGCUCCGCGCCGGCCCCGCCGCUGCCGUCGCCAUCAUGCGCCCCAGCAUUAUCACCUCCCUCCUCCGCGACCCCCUCCCCGGCUGGAUGCAAGGCACCAGGACGAUAGACACGAUCAUCAUCGGGUACGCGAAGCAGAACCUGACGUGCUUCCUGGCGGACCUGGAGGGCACCAUGGACGUGAUCCCGGGGGACAUGGUGGUGAACGCCAUGAUGGCCGUCAUGGCGGCGCACGGCGGCCAGGGCUCGCCGGAGCCGGGGGAGGAGGAGGUGGCGCUGUACCACGCCACGUCGUCGCUGCGGAACCCGGCGCUGUACGGCGUGCUCUACGAGUCCGGCCGCCGCCACUUCUACGAGAACCCGCGGCUGAGCAAGGACGGGAAGGUCAUCCCCACCAAGGAGAUGUACUUCUUCAAGACCAUUGCUAGCUUUCAUCUCUACAUGCUCAUCAAGUACAAGCUCCCCCUUGAGAUCCUGCACCUGGUGAACCUGCUGCUCUGCGGGAUCUUCUCGCAGCUCUACGAAGACCUCAGCCGCAAGUACAAGUUCGUCAUCCAUCUCUGCGACGUCUACGGGCCCUUCGCCUUCUUCAGAGGAUGCUUCGACGACAUGAACUUGGAGCGGCUGCGGUUGACAAUGGCGCGGACGAGCCCCGAGGACGACCUGUUCAACUUCGAUCCCAAGACUGUCGACUGGAACCACUACUUCUACAAGAUCCACAUUCCUGGUGUCCUCAAAUAUGUGCUCAAGUGAAGAAAAUGCUGCCGCGAUGUGUAUCUAGGGCUUUGCAUUACGUUUACACCUCAUUUUCUCCACAAGAGCCGAAAAAACGUGUCCUGGAAAUGCCAAAUCUAUUUGUUCAUCCGAUAUGGAUAUGUGAUAAAAAAGAAGUGAAAGUAUUUAUGCGUCGACUAGGCUAUCGGAUUAUUGUAUUGGAGUCUGGGGAAGCCCAUAUCAUGAUCAGUAUUUAAAAGAAUGUAUUCUUGUGUAAUAUGUUUUUCAGGUUUCUGUAAGUUGGUCAUGUCUUGAAAAUGGACUGUAAUAAAAAUCUCCCAUUGGCAGCU